GAUAAAUGCAAAGUGCUCCACUUAGGAAGGAACAAUCAGUUUCACACAUACAGAAUGGGAAGAGACUGUCUAGGAAGGAGUAUGGCAGAAAGAGAUCUAGGGGUCAUAGUAGACCACAAGCUAAAUAUGAGUCAACAGUGUGAUACUGUUGCAAAAAAAGCAAACAUGAUUCUGGGAUGCAUUAACAGGUGUGUUGUAAACAAGACACGAGAAGUCAUUCUUCCGCUUUACUCUGCGCUGGUUAGGCCUCAACUGAAGUAUUGUGUCCAGUUCUGGGCACUGCAUUUCAAGAAAGAUGUGGAGAAAUUGGAGAGGGUCCAGAGAAGAGCAACGAGAAUGAUUAAAGGUCUUGAGAACAUGACCUAUGAAGGAAGGCUGAAACAAUUGGGUUUAUUUAGUUUGGAAAAGAGAAGACUGAGAGGGGACAUGAUAGCAGUUUUCAGGUAUCUAAAAGGGUGUCAUCAGGAGGAGAGAGAAAACUUGUUCACCUUAGCCUCCAAUGAUAGAACAAGAAGCAAUGGGCUUAAACUGCAGCAAGGGAGAUUUAGGUUGGACAUUAGGAAAAAGUUCCUAACUGUCAGGGUAGUUAAACACUGGAAUAGAUUGCCUAGGGAAGUUGUGGAAUCUCCAUCUCUGGAGAUAUUUAAGAGUAGGUUAGAUAAAUGUCUAUUAGGGAUGGUCUAGACAGUAUUUGGUCCUGCCAUGAGGGCAGGAGACUGGACUCGAUGACCUCUCGAGGUCUCUUCCAGUGCUAGAG